GGGAAAACGGGUCGUCAUCUGGUCGUCAUCUAAACUAACCUGAACCCUGGUGUCAUGUCAACUGUCAACUGUUAUAUAUUUUACGAUAAAAAGAUACUAUCUUCUGCUGUCUUCCAGUAGAAGAACGUAACGUAUGUCACGUAGUUUGCAAGAGUACUUGUCAAUCAUAAUAAAGAUAUAAUACUUCGUGCCUUUCGAUAUCUAUUUAAAACGUGAUUGUUGCAAUAUGUUAAAUCAACAAUACGCUGUCCAUCCUGCUGUGGACUCACAUAUCAAGCCACUUUUAAUGAGCCUUUCAAGGGCUAAAAAACUCGAUAUUUCUUGUGGAACAAUAGAGAUAGAUCCUAUGACAUCCAGUUGCGGCGAUGUAAAAGCAGAUCGUUUUAAAUUGUCUGUUCCUUAUUGUAAACAAAAUUUGACAUGGAACGUGUUCUUCGAUUCCCAGUGUCCUGACAUGGGACCUGACUUCAUAUUUAAUGAUAAUAAUUUCUUAAGUGACAUGGACAUAAACACCUUGUCUGCCAAAAUACCCAGCCUCGCCGCGUGGAAUCCGACCAAUAAAGAUGCACUGCUAAAUGUUCUUAUAGAGCUUCUGUCUUGCUACAAGAAAUACCAGAUACAAUUAAUGCACAAAGAAGCUCGCUUAAGCGCUGAAUAUAAUAUGCUAAUGGGCUCAAUUGAUGUCAAGCUAGAAGAUGUUGAAGUGGUUUUAUUACCAUUCGGUUUUAAGCCAACAGAGGCUAGAUUCGUGAUAAGUUUAUCAGUGAACGUUUCACAGUUACAAAUGUACAAUUUCGAAACGGAAAUCGAGACGGCGAUACUUCUUGUAACAUUCUCUGGAGCAGAUUGGAGUCGCAUUGUGCCGCAACUUUAUUUCUCAAAGUCCUUAGAAGAGAUCCUCAUCCAGAGAACAGGUCCACUAAAUAUGCCACCAUUCCCAGCCGAUCAGUAUCUAUUAAACUACGUGGAAGAGAUAAAAAAGUACAUAAGCGACAAGGUAAACUGCGUGGUCCAAAUGUACGACAAGAGAAUAGAAUAUAUAACAGCAUUCACGUCCCUUAGACGUCUGUCUAUUAUAGAAGUUGAUGUUAUAAACUACAAUUAUGCAGUUUGUUUGAUCGAUCAAAAUGAUUUCCAUUGUAUAAUACACAUAAAGCUCCCAUUAGAAUUUCCUACAAUACCACCCUUAGUUCGGCUAGAAUCGCCAUAUCAUAUGAUAUCUCCAACUGAUUCUUACUAUGAAAUAGUAGAAAACUAUCCUUACAAUGUGCAUUGGUCACCAAGGAAAAUGAUUACACAAUUAACGCAAUUUAUUUGUCGUUUUGCAAUCAACAGGUUUAAAUGCAAUGUUACUAAACCUUGUUCAAAGAAUAAUUUGAAGUCUUAAAUAAAUCGUCCAGUUUAGUAUUAUCAUUAUACGUUUAAUAUAAAUCCAUUUCUUACAGAAUGUAAAAGAAGUAAGUGAAUUAAAUGGUUGAAGUUAAUUAUCCAUACAUUUUUACCGAUCGAAGGUUGUACAAUAGAAUCUGUGAUGUCUUACACUUACUUUUUUUUACAUCUUGUACGUAUUUAUAUAAAGUUAUCAUUUUUUAAGAAACUUUUCUGUAUGAAGAUGUACAGUAAUUGUAUGUGCAGAUAUAUUAUUGAUAAAGUACAUUGAUAUAUAUAUAUUUAUUAUAAUUUUAGCCUUCUUGGCUAAGGAAUAGGACUUUGUUACGAAAGCACAAUAAAUGAAUAUAUAUAUGAUUCUUAUUCAAA